CGACGGUCAGAUGGCCGUUGGGCCAGUAAAACCCUUGAAUUGCGACCACGUACCGGAAGAUGUAGUGUUGGUACGCCCCCCACAAGAUGGACUGACGAUGUGGUCAAGAUCACCGGAAUAGAAGUAAACAAAAAUGUCUAGGCAGUAUUUUAAUGAAGAAUAUUCUGAUAUGGUUCGUGCGUACGCAACUUCAAACGAAAGCAUACGGGGUGCAAUAAAUUUGUACCGGGAGAAGUUUCCAAAUCGCCGAAUUCCAUCGUAUUAUCUUAUGUUAGAUGUGAACCAACGGCUGCGAUUGUUUGGUCGGCUCACUGAGUCACCUUCUCGUAAAGGACAGAGAAAACGUAGGCCUUUCAAGCAACAGCAAUCAAUUAUUGAAUAUUUGAAGGAUAACCCAGAUCAAAGUCCUCAAUGUGUGGCAAAACGAUUUGGUGUGUCCCAACAGUCUAUUAUGAAGCUUUGUAGUAAACAACACUUGAACUUAAUUCAUUUAAAAAAUGUUCAGGAUCUUGGAGUUAAGUUGGAACCACUUGAUCAAAAUAGUGGUACAGAGAAUAUUAUUAAUUUAAAAAUGUGCAGAAUAUGCUACAAGGACAAGGGACAAUAUCCAAUAUUUAACAAUAAGGAACACCCCAAUAUUCCGGAAGAUAUUUUCAAUUUUUCUGGAGUUCAAAUUACAGAAUCAGAGGAACUUCCAAAUAAUAUAUGUACACAGUGCCUGCAUCUCCUUCUUGGCUGUGAUUACUUUAGAGACAUAUGUAAUAGAACAAAUGAGUUAUUAACGGAACUAUCUAAGAAAAAUGAAAUAAACGGAAUCAAGAAUGUCAAUAGUACGACGGUUGCAGAUGAAAGCUUAAUAGAAUGCCCUUCAGAAUUGACUGAUAACGACGAAAUAAUAAAUGAGUAUACGUGGAGCUGUGAUAUUUGCAAAGAAACAUUUUAUGAUAAGGGAACAUACAAUGGCCACUUCCAAAGAUGCAAAAGGCGUCAUAAGAUAAAAAGUACUAAAAAUCAAUUUUACUUGUGUGACACUUGUGGUAAAACCACUACAACUAAGGCAAGUUUGUUGAUCCACAAGAGAACUCAUGAGAACGUAUUUCCACAUAUGUGUGACCAGUGUCCAUAUAAGGGUCGAACGAUUGAUCUUCUUAAGGUACACAAGCGAACACACUUAACCGAGAAACCCUACAAGUGUUCAAUGUGUCCCAAAACUUCAGUCACAGCAAGCAAUCUGAGCAAACAUUUCCGACAAGUACACAGCACGAAUCGACCUUACCAGUGUAUAUAUUGUGAAAAGGGUUUCACCUACAAACAUUUGCUGAACCGACACAUAAGAGACACUCAUUUGAGGCAGAAUACUUCUAAUUGUGAUAUUUGUUUGAAACAAUUCAACACUCGGAAAAUAAUGCUAGGACAUCGGGUCAGUGUUCACAAAAUGAAAAGCAAACAGUACGGUCGGUUGCCGUCUUACUUACAAUGUCAACUAUCAGAGAGCAACGAUCUCAAUAACGUCGAUAGUCUUCGAACUGAGGCACAAACAGAUAAGAACGUGGAGUAGAUUGGCGAUUUAAUUAAUGGUACGAUCUUCUGGAGGUCUGAUAGAAAAUACUGUAAUUCUUGCAAUUUUACCAAUAGAUUUUUAUUACUUGCGGGUAAUCACUACAUAGUAUUACGUUAUUAUUGUUAUAAAAGAAAGCGGAAAGCUUUCUGUCUGUACUUAUGUAUGCUUAGAUCUUUAAAACUACGCAACGGAUCUUGACAGAUAGAGUGAUUCAAGACGAUGGUUUAUCUUGUAUCUUUAAACGAGCAAUUAUUAUACAGGGGAUUUCGGCGGCGAUAAAUCGAUCUAGCUAGGGUUCAAUUAAAAAUUUGUAUAUUAUCCUUGUUUUAGAGGUACUUAUCUAAUUUGAUGUCGUAAAUAAACACAUAUUUUUUGCUCUUAUAUUGCAACUGCUGGCUCAACCCUCCGACAUAGAUCAAAAUAAUGUACUACAGUAUUGUGCACCUUAAAAAAGUCUACAAAAAAGACGGAGAAAUCUCUUAUGGAUAACCUAGAAUAACCAUUUUACAUCCUUUAGUUUUUACGAGAAAUAAUGGCUUAUUUACGAAACGAUUCUAAAGCAUUAAUCCUUAUCCAAUUAGGUACCUGAAUUACAUUGUGCAUUUAAUAAUCAAUAGUGUCCUUUACUGUAUGUAAUUUAAAUGGAUAUCUAUUUUUGAAGAUAUUACAUAUUUAAAAUGUAGGUAACAUAGCGGUUGCGGCGGUACCAGCCGGGAUAGCAUUAGAAUCAUCAAGUAUAAACGAAAUAGAAAACUUAUUUUUGUAUGUUAUCCUCGUUUAUUGUUGAAAUAUAAAUAACGGGAUCACUUGGAAAUACACUAUAUUUAUUUAAUUUUUACUAUUAACUUUUGACAGAACUAUUGCUAGUUUGUCUAUCUAAGCAUACAUUAAGUACAUUGCUGCGUACGCUUGCAACUUUCUGCAAAAUUGAGCGACUUGUGCAGCAAUGAUGUGCAGAAUGACAGCAAUACGAAUAAAUUAAGAAUCUCAGUGUAAAAUAGUCACCAUGAAUUUUAUUUUAUUUACUUAUUUAUAUUUCUAUAUUACUAACAUACCUGUUAUAAGUCAUAUUAUACUACCAUCUUAGCAAUGUAGGUAUUAGUGGUUAAAACCCAGAUUAUAAUGUUUCCCAUUAUAUUAUUACGAGUGCUGACAAACGUUGUUUUGCCAUAUUUAUAUUGUGUAUACUCGAAGUAGUUCAGACCAUUUCCGACCCUCCUAUAACUUCAUUGUGGAUAAAACUAGAAGACUGCAUUUUCAGUAUACAAGCAGGCAUUGUAUAAAUACAAAAAACAUUCUAAUUUAAUAUAAUAUUUAUUACUUGUAAGAUACCUACAUCGUAUUUUAGGUAAAAGAAAAUACAUUGUGUCAUGUGAGGGCAAAGUUUAUCUAUAUAUCUACCUAUUUUAAACAUAAUGGCUUUUUUAAAGUGAUAUGGUAACUAUAUAAUGCUGUUAGAUUUGCUAAUUAAGUAAUAACUUAAGACAGAAGAACCCUUAAGUUGGGACUAAACAGAUUGACCGACUUGGACAUUGGACAUGGAUCUCACAACUUCUUACGGUAAAAGAACUGAGUUGCCAGACUUGGUUUUUUAACAAGUAAUGUUUGUGAUGGCAUAAGUAGGUAUAAUUCCGAUCGGUUCCGUAGUUUUCGCAGUAUAACCGAAGGAAAAAACCGGCUCUCCGGUUAUUAGUAUAGAUAUUUCUAUUAUUGAAUGAUUUUGAUACGUAAUCAAUAAACAUUACAAUUGUUUUUAAAUGUAUGAACUAAUAUAUUUAGUGUUAAUUGCGGUGAAACUGUUAGUAUAUAUGCAGAAUCCAGCACGACCUAGAGUCCUCCGCAGACAUGGAUCCAAAUAGAUGCCGCGAGUGUAUGUACUUCGCGUGUCAAAAUGAGGAGCAAUGCUCUUCCUUUGACUCUUUUAUUUUAUUUUUUAUUAUGAUUUAUAAUACAUUUGAUUUUAGUAAUAAGCAAUACCGACUAUUGAUGUAUUAAACGUCAACUAAUGAUGAGGUGAAUGGCUAAAGGUUAGGCUCAAUGCACUGGCAUUUUUAACGACUUCGCAGUAGGUACAAAAAAAGGGCACGCUUGGUUUUCACACAGACGGAGGGAUUUGCUAUCUACUUGGAUCUAUGUCCAGAAAAAUCGGCUUCCGCUCAGCUCAUCUUUGAAUUUAUUUUUAACCUUCCAUUGAAUUACCUUUUUUAAUUACCAUGUACCUACUAUCUAGUCUGUAUCGUGUAAGUAUCAACUCACCUGCGAUUUUUAAUUGAGAAGUAAUGAAACCGAACCGCCUUUGUAGAGAUAGAUAAACUGGUGAUGAAAUGAAGAUCACGUACGGCAAGAAUGUCCGAAAAAGGUCCUGGUCAAAGGUCGGUCGGGCUUCACAGACUGUGGCAGUAAUUUUUUUAUGGAAGAGAGGACAAACGAGCGUACGGGUCACCUGGUGUUAAGUGAUCACCGCCCUUCACAUACUCCUGCAAUAACAGAGGAAUCACUGAAGCGUUGCCGGCCCUUUACAAAACUGUACGCGCUUUUUUGAAGGUACCCAUGUCGUAUCUCACAUGACAAGGAAGCUCAUUCCACAGCUUCGUAGUACGUGGAAGAAAGUUCUUUGAAAAUCGCACUGUGUAGGAACGCCACAUCCAGAUAGUGGGGAUGAUAUCCUAAUUAAUGCCAUGUCGGGCGAAGGUGGAAUUCGGCGGCAGGAAUCAGCAAACAGCUCUUCGGUGACUAUUCUGUAUCUGAUGAGAUGAAAAGUUGACAGAAAGCGUAUGGUCUUUCAUCAAGUCCAAAUCAAUAAAUCUAGACCACACACAUCUUUAGCCACUCAGCAAAAAAAUAAGAGAUUGCCUAGGAUGUGUAAAUGUUAAUGCAUCCGCCAUGUAGCCCUGACUAUACUCCUUUUGAUUUUCACAUGUUUCGCUCUCUUCAGGAUUCUUUAGGUAGUGUCAGAACUACUAUAAGAACAGUUCUGCUAAAACUAUAUCUGCGUUUUUUAAUCGCGAGUCCAAAAACUUGCAAUGGUAAUGAGUUGUCACUACCAAUAAUAGAUAACUAAUAAACUUUGAAAAAAAAAAUGUGUUGACUUUACAUAUAAAACGCAAGAAACUUAUUACAUUAAAAGGUUUCGCAGUACUGUUGUUUUUUAAUCUUAUUGGUCGAUUCAAAAACUUGACCAUAACUCGAUGUACAACCGCGAAAUCUCAAAUUAAAUUUUUUACGCUGAAUCUAACAAUUCUAAACAAUAUGUUGUGUUUUUUAAAGUGAUAACCCUCACUUCUAGGAUUAAUACACAAAUAAAAUAUGAAAAACAAAAUUUAACAAAGCAAACAGAAUUUUAUAGCGAGGCGGUACUCGAACGGUUAGCUCAUUUGGUUGGAGCACCGGCACGGAACGCCGGAGGUCGUGGGUUCGAAUCCCGCAUCGUUCAUAAAAUUUUGUUUUUCAAAUUUUAUUUGUGUUCUAACAAUUCUAUUCAAACCGUAUGGUAGCAUCAACGACGAAUAUAAUUUAGGUAGAUAAAUGUGCGAUACACGAUACCUACAUACAACUGGAAUCCGUUUGAAAUAUAACAUACAAAUGAACCCCGAUACUAAUGUAUACCUUAAAACAAACUAUAAUUGUAUACCUAACUUUACUUAAACUUUAAUCACAGAAAUGUAUUAUUGUAACCUUUGUAGAUAACUAU